AUGUUAGAUAAACCAGUUUAUGUUUCAACAUACGAACCGGGUCAAUUUGAUGAUGCCUGUGAGGAUAUUCCUCCUGAACAGUGUGCAUUUAGUAAGCAUGGGCAAGAUUUGGAAAAUGAUACUACAUUAAAUGAUUUAGGAAAUGAUUUAGGAAAUGAUUUAGGAAAUGAUUUUUCGUUUGAAGAGGAUGAAGAUGAGGAUGAUUAUUUUGAUGAAUUAAAUGAUAACGAAGAAUGGGAAAAUCCGAGUGGAGAUUUCACUAAACAGUAUAAUCGCCUAAGGCAACAACUGCAGCCUAGUAUCAUGCCUGGAUCUACUUCACAAAAAAUUACUAUUGCAACACCCGUAAAAAAUCAAAAUACAGGCGGAACGAUAUCAAAGCAAGCAGAUAACAAAAAAAAAUUUACAGAGAUGAAGUCUCAUGAUUAUAUGAAGUCUUUGAGUAAAUAUGCUAAUAGAAUUAAUCUUGGGGAAAUUUCCCCUGUCCAUCUAUCGACCUCGGUUGUUAAUGAUAUUAAAAUGAGCGAUAAAAAAGCUCAAGGUAAUAAACAAAGAUACAGUGAUAAAUCAGAUCGUGCAACAACAGAACAAGUUUUAGACCCACGUACAAGAAUAAUUCUUUUUAAGAUGAUAAAUCGUAAUAUUAUUUACGAAAUAAAUGGAUGCGUCAGUACUGGGAAAGAGGAUCGAGAUCGUUAUGUUACUGGUGAAUUCCGAUUUAGACAUGGAUAUAGCAAACAUAAUCCUCGUAAAAUGGUCAAAUUAUGGGCAGAAAAAGAAAUGAGAAAUUUGAAAAGAUUAUGGCAAUCAGGAAUACCUUGUCCUGAACCUCUUGUUUUGAGAUUACAUGUUUUGGUUAUGGGCUUUUUAGGUGAUAAGAAUGGGUGGGCAUUUCCUACAUUGAAGGAUGCGGUUAUUAGUUAUGAUAAAUAUCCGGAAUUGUAUUAUCAGCUUGUCAAGAAUAUGCGGACCAUGUAUCAUACAUGUCGCCUAGUCCAUGCUGAUCUGAGUGAAUACAAUCUUUUAUAUAAUGCUCGAACACUAUAUAUAAUUGAUGUUUCACAAUCAGUAGAGCAUGAUCAUCCUCAUGCCCUUGAAUUUUUGAGAAAGGAUUGUACAAAUGUUACAGACUAUUUUAAAAAAAAGGGUGUAAGAGUAAUGAGUGUCAAGGAAUUGUUCGAUUUUAUUACCGAUAUUAACAUUGGCAUGGAAGAUGAAAAGGUUGAGGCAGAAUUAGAGAAGAUUCAGGAACGAUUAACUUUACAACAACCAAGUGAAGCGCUAACUGAUGAACAACAAGAACAGCUACAAAGAGACAUCGUUGACGAAGAAGUUUUUAAACGAUCUUUUAUUCCAAGAAAAUUAGAUGAUGUUAUAGAUGUCGAAAGGGAUGUAAUGAAAGUAGCCCAAGGUGAAGGCGAGAAUGUAAAUACUGUAUUUGAAUUUAUGCUUAAUAUUGAGCGAGAAUUAAAUGACCAGAGGGAAUCUGAGGGUGAAGAUAACAAUUAUUCAGGGGAUAGUGAAUCUGAUGAUAAUGAGCAAUGUUCAACUGACGAUGAGUUGGCAUUUAAGAAACAAUCUAGAGGGAAGAGGAAUGAAGAUAAAGAUGCCAAAAAAGAACGAAAGAAAAUAGCUAAGGAAGAAGCAAGAGAGAAACGCAAGCAUAAAAUACCUAAAGCGGUUAAAAAGCGGAAAAUUAAGACGACUUCAGGAAAGAAAGCCAAAUAA